CCGACACCGACACCGACACUUGAUCUUUGAAGCUGAAGUGCCUAUUCAAAUUGUAGCAGACAAUUGAAGUGGGCUGAAAGAGAGACCGACCUUGAUUAUUCACGGAUGUGAUCCCCUGGAAGGAAGAGUCAUCCAGCCAGCUCUCCUCAACUUUAGUUCCUCCUCGCUACCCUGCCCUGGAUACACUCCUCUUUGGAACAGCUCUGGAUGCCACUGUCAACAUCAGCUUCAUUCCUUUCAGUGGCACUUGCCUCACGCAGAGAUAAUUAGCCGUGUAAUCGACCCCAGUUCCACUUCAAUAUGCCUUCUGCAGUUGACUUCAGGAGCAAUGGCCCAUCAAUCAUCCAACAGAUGAUAUUGUCACCCAGUGAUAACGACUACCUUGACCAGCUCAUCCCUGUUGUGAAAGAUGCGAGCAGUUCUAGUCGCGCCCAUGCCCUGAUGAAGAGCCUCGCGCAAUAUGCCGCGCAACGAGAAAACGAAAUCGAGAAAAUGUGCAAUCUAAACCACCAAGAGUUCCUAACAUCGGUCAACAAGCUGCAGAAAGUUCGUGAAGGAACGGUCAAGUUGACAUCCGAAAUCUUGGAACUCAACCAGUCUAUCCAGUCCAGCACGGAAAAGCUUGCGGAGCACAAGAAGGCGCUUGUCGACUCUCGAGGGGUGCGUCAAAAUAUCGAUGAGGCAGCACAGGCACUGAAGGACUGCUUGGAAGUCUUGCGUGUAUCGAACCAUGUCCAUGAGUUGCUGGGCCAGAAAAACCACUAUGGGGCAUUGCGAGCGCUGGAUGAGCUCCAAAAUGUGCAUCUGAAGGAGGUAACACAGUACAAGCUGGCCGAUAUGAUACAGAAGUCGGUCCCUGCUACACAGAAGCUCAUAGCAGAGGCGGUCAUGAAUGAUCUCAACACUUGGCUUUAUAGGAUCCGUGAGACGUCUCAGUUCCUGGGGGAGGUAGCUUUCUACCAUACUGAGUUGCGGCGAACAAGGCAAAAAGAGCGAAUGGAAGCCAAUCCUUAUCUCCGGAACUUCAAGCUUAACUCGGCGAUAGAAAUGGUCUUCGAUGAGAGCGAGGAGUUUGAUGCACUAGAUAAUGAUGAGCUGCGGGUUGAUUUUACUCCUCUGUUGGAAUGCUUACAUAUACAUGAGGCGUUGGGGCAAAGUGACAAAUUCCGCACUGAGUACGCCGCGACUCGAAGAAAGCAGAAAGAACUUCUUUUACCGUCUUCAAUUAGUCUUCUCGAGAACGAUGACUCCAGCUUAAGUAGUCUCCUGGAAGGAAUUGCUGGAUUUGCGAUCAUUGAACGGGCAACUAUGAGACGUGCCCAUAACCUCCGCUCACCUGUUGAUGUCGAUGAGUUGUGGGAUUCAAUGUGCCAAGCCGCCAUUGGUCUCAUCUCCAAAGCUCUCGACGAUGUUGAUAAUGCGGAGGUUCUUUUGAAAAUCAAAGGUGUCAUUGCGUUGUUUAUACAGACGCUGGAUGGUUGGGGCUAUUCCGUGUCUGCCCUGGACACCUUUCUGUUGACUCUGUUUGAGAAAUACGCCGAGUUGCUAAAAAGACGGUUUAGUGAUGAUUUUCAAGAAAUCGUAUCUACUGACGAUUAUAUGCCGAUGCCGAUUAGCAACUUGGACGAGUAUGACAAAGUUGUUAAUGUCAGUUGGUUUACACCUGAUAAACCAAGAGGGGAACUUUCAUUUCCAUGCGUGUUGCCCUUCUCUCAGAUGUACCCUCUUUGUUGUAUUGACAUCCGAAACUUUUUGAAUCAGUUCUACUUCUUUUCGGACGAUCAUUUUCAACAUCCCAAUGUUAUCGAUGAGACGCUGAGAAAGUCUCUGGACCAACUCCUUUCGGAGAAGGUCUGUAGGUCUCUUGUGGAACGUUUAAGCUCCCAGUAUCUGGGGCAAAUCGUCCAAAUUCUGAUUAACCUUGAACAUUUUGAAACCGCUUGUCAAGAGCUUGAGCAGCUUUUGAUUGCGGCUCGUUCAUCAACAUCUGCUGGAGGACCAAUUGUGCUAAAUGCUACGGAGGAGUUCCGUAGUAACAAAAAGACUGCGGAGAAGAGAAUUUUUGAGCUCGUCAACUCUAAGAUUGACGACUUGAUAGAAACUGCUGAAUACGAUUGGAUGGCACCAACAUUAGAGGGCGAGCCAAGCAACUACAUGCAGACAUUGACUCGUUAUCUGUCGAAUAUCAUGAACUCUACCUUACUGGGUCUCCCGAGAGAGAUCAAAGAGUUGAUCUAUUUCGAUGCUCUAAGCCAUGCAGCGAAUAUGAUAUUGGCCCUUCCUUUGUCACCGGACGUGAAGAAGAUCAACCCGAAUGGUGUCGCUGCAUUGGCAAAGGACGUGGAUUACCUGGCCGAGUUUGUGGACAGCCUCGAGAAUGCACCUAUCCUGCGGGAGAAUCUCGAUGAAUUGCAGCAAACAGUCAACUUGAUGCAAACUGACAACCCUGACGAGUACUUUGACAUUUCAACGAGGAAUAAGAAGUACGGUCGGGUAGAUCCCCUGAAUGGACCAAAGAUCCUUGAGAAGUAAGCCGCCAGCCCCGACUCUUCAUAUUCAAUGGCAUGUUACUAACCAUUGAAACUAACUACAGACUCACGUACUCGGUUCAAAGUCCAGUCAAAAAUGAUAGACUAGCCAAUUUUUCGUCACGAUUUGGGAAGAAGUAGGGUUAUAUAGUUAAUUCACAGAUCGAACGAAGACCUCAUCAAAUCACUAUGGAUGAGAAAAUCAAUAAAUGUAACAAAUCUCAAUUUAUUUGAGCGGGAUCAAGCAUUUACUCUACUUUCCCCAAACCAGAACGAAAGAAAGCAGACACUCCAGGCGCCAUAAUAUACUCUGAUAACCCCAAGGACGCUUGGCCUCUCUCAACGCCCCACCAUCUCCCAUCCAACCUAGGCGGACGAUAGUCGCAGAAACAUGCUAACCGACCUCAUAAUCUCUUUCGCCCUCUGCAUCCGCAUCUCCUUCGCCUCCGUCAUGGCGCGGGUAAUUGUGCCCGGCGUCUUGACCGACUGUGGGAUCUUGGGCUCGCUGUGGUACAUGGUACAUCUAAAAACAAGUCAGAGGAGAAGGUGCUUUCAGAGGAGGAAGGUCAUACCUGCUGCGGUGGCAUCGGCGGAUAUGCGUACAUCCCUUCCAUCUCACCAUACAUGUGUGGUGGGGCUUGUCCAUAUGCGCCAACAGGACCCGGCUGGACCUGUCCAGGAUACAUAGCAGGUUGGCGGUAAUCUUGGUCUGGAGCCAAACUGUGGCCCAACGAGUAAUCCGGAGGAGCCAUAGCAUGCUGCUGAGGCUGAUGACUGGGUUGCUGUUGGGAGAUAUUGCCCUGCGCCGGGAUCUGGGCACCAGCGGGAGGAACUCCUUGCGCCGCAGCGUUUGGACCAGAAGCUCUCUUGGCGUGCGAUGCAGCCUCCUCUCGAGGAACGAUGUCAAUCAGGAAGUCAAACAUAUCACUCUUAGCCAGCGCAGAUGCAAUAUCAGAUCUCUGGAGUGUACGGCGCUUGUUCUCUUCGGCGUGGAUCCAGGCGCGCAUAGUCAAUUCCGUAAUAAAAAUAUCACAGCCUUUGGCGAACAGAAUCGGAGC